ACAUGCGUAUUUUAAUGGAAAACCAACGUUUCAGAGCUCAAUUCGGUUCUUCAUUGACUCUGAAAUCUCAACUCUCUGAUCACUUGCAAAUGCUCCAAAUUUAAGGAUUUCAGAUUCGAUUUAGGGUUUCAAUUUCCCUCAUCCAUGGAUUCCAUCUACGCGAGCUCCUCGUGCACGGUUCCCCACCUUCUUCGUCGCGACACUCUGCUCUUGCUGCCGCGAACCUUGAAUUUGUCUGCUUCAUCUGCGCUUCAGCGGACGAAAAGGGCGCGGCGCGUGCGGAUUUCGAGUUCCGCCGCGACGAACGGCGCCGUUUCGAGGGCGCUUCAGGGAGUGACCAACACUGCGCUGGAGCAGCUCGAUAUCGAGCGUGGCGUCUGCAUCCCUUUCCGCAAGUACUCGCCCGAGAUCGUGAGGAAUAAUGUGUUGGAAUCAAGAGGAUCCACUUUGUCACUUAUGUUGCGGGGAGUGGAGAUAGUUUGGAAUCUGGGCUUGUACUGGUCUAAUUUGGUGUAUGAUUUCUUGGUUGGAAGGGAUGAAGAGGUUGUUCCAUAUCGUGCUCGACAGCUUAGGAACCUCUUGUGUGAUCUGGGGCCUUCCUUCAUUAAAGCUGGUCAGGUCCUUGCAAACAGGCCAGAUAUCAUUCGAGAAGAUUAUAUGAAUGAACUCUGCAUCCUUCAAGAUGAUGUUCCUUCAUUUCCCAAUCAAAUUGCCUUCAGAAUCAUAGAGGAGGAUCUGGGUCAACCCCUUGAAGCUGUUUUCAGCAAAAUCUCAUCAGAGACAAUAGCAGCUGCAAGUUUAGGUCAAGUUUACCGAGCAACAUUGCGUGCCACUGGUGAAGAUGUUGCUAUCAAGGUUCAGAGGCCUGGGAUAGAGCCCAUUAUAUAUCGAGAUCUUUUCUUAUUCCGCACUCUGGCUUCAUUCUUAAAUGGCAUCAGUAUACAGAAGCUGGGAUGUAAUGCUGAGCUGAUUGUUGAUGAAUUUGGUGAAAAGCUUUUGGAAGAGCUUGAUUACACCCUGGAGGCCCGAAAUCUUGAAGACUUCCUGGAGAAUUUUAAAAAUGACCCUACUGUCAAAAUUCCCAGGGUUUACAAACAAUUUUCUGGUCCUCGUGUACUGGUAAUGGAAUGGAUUGAUGGUAUCAGGUGCACCAAUCCACAGGCUAUCAAAGAAGCUGGUAUUGAUGUAGAUGGAUUUUUAACAAUUGGAGUGAGUGCUGCCCUACGACAAUUGUUGGAAUUUGGACUAUUUCAUGGAGACCCUCACCCUGGAAAUAUUUUUGCCAUGCGUGAUGGGCGAAUUGCAUAUGUGGACUUUGGCAAUGUCGCUGUUCUCAGUCAGCAAAAUAAACAGAUUUUAAUUGAUGCUGUUGUCCACGCUGUGAAUGAGGAUUAUGCUGAAAUGGCUAAUGAUUUCACCAGAUUAGGCUUCCUGUCACCGGGAACUGAUGUCAAUCCUAUAAUUCCUGCUUUGGAAGCAAUUUGGCAGAACUCUGCAGGAAAAGGACUGUCAGAUUUUAAUUUUCGUAGUGUCACUGGAAAGUUUAACCAGUUGGUUUACAAUUAUCCCAUUCGAAUUCCAGAAAGGUUUUCACUUGUAAUUCGAUCCUUACUGACCCAAGAAGGCAUCUGUUUUACGCUGAAACCUGACUUCAAAUUUCUUGAGGUUGCCUAUCCUUAUGUGGCUAAGCGACUAUUGACUGACCCAAAUCCAGCUCUACGUGAACGCCUCAUACAGGUUCUAUUCAAAGAUGGACUUUUCCAGUGGAAACGGCUUGAAAACCUUAUUGUUCUUGCAAAGGAAAAUGUGGCGAAAAUGAGUAACAAUCCAGCAUUGAAAGUGAAAGACACGCAAAUCCAGAGGGACUUGAAAGUUGAAAGAAAAUUGGACCUCACUGACACAAUCAAAGAUGGAGCUCGCCUCUUCUUUGUUGAUGAAGGAAUACGUAGACAGCUUCUUCUUGCUUUGACUGAGGAUUCAAAGCUUCAUAUUGAAGAGCUUGUCGAUGUGUAUAGGUUGGUUGAAGAUCAGAUAGACAUCCCUUCUGUGGCCGUAGAAGUAGCUAGAGACUUACCAACAGUUGUGAGGGAUCUCCUACUUUCAUGGAGUGAGUCAAUCUUGUCUGAUAGAUAGCUAAAUCUCUGGGCUGCCUGCACAUAGUCAGAUGAGUAUACUUUACACAUCUUCUAUAUUUUCUCUCAAUUCUUUCUUAUUUAUAGUGCCCAAGGUUUACUAUAUAUAAAAUUUUGAAUAAAUGUGUAGAAAAUCAGUUCUACAUUUGUCUAGGGAACAAUAUUUUGUUCAGUAAAUAUUAAGUUGUAAUUUAACUGGGAAAAGUCCAAAAGAGUGAUACAAUCGUUUAGCCUCCUUCA